AUGCCCUCAGCUAACACUUUCGCGGAUAUUUUUAAGACUGCAUUGGCUCCAGUUCUAAGCCAGCUAAGCAGCCUAAACAACAACGUCACCACCGUGCUCCAGAGCGGGCACGAAGAAUCAGAUGAGGACGGUGAAACCGCCUCUGUUGACGAGCCCGCCAAUUCUGGGGACAUGGAUGCAGAUGUCUCUGCGCUCCUCGCGGCUGCGGGAACAGAUCAAAACAACGAGGCUAUGCCGGGUGACGAACUUCUAAAAGAACUCGCACAGGACCUGACAGUCAGCGAGAAGACCUCCCCACCCCUUCGCGAAGGGCUGGCGGCCGUCUUCAACAAUCUCUUAUCAGAAAAGAUGGGGGAGGAGAAACUAAAGGCAAAGCUAGACAAAUACCCCCGUCCAGAGAACGUACAGGGUUUGCGCACACCCAAAGUAAACCCUUCGAUUUGGAGCCAGCUCUCCACUGCCCUGAAAGCACAGGAUGUCCGAUCGCAGAAAGGACAAAGCACCCUUAUCGGCGCAAUAACAGCCAUGACAAAGGCCGCCGAUUUGGCUCUGGGAAAAUACAGCCAAGAUAAGGAGCUGAUCACCUUGUUGACUGAUUCCGUUGCAAUGGCACUUCAGUACAACCAUGAGGUUAAUCACUCCCGACGCCUGGCCAUGAAAAAAGAGAUGCAUAAAGACUAUGCAGCCCUUUGUAAUGUGUCCACUGUGGAUGGCUCAUCAGAGUUCCUUUUUGGCGACCUGACAAAGCUAGCAAAAGACAUCACCGAGGCCAACAAGUUGACCAAAAAGGUGCGCCCACAACAUUCCGGGAAUUCCCGUGGCCAUGACAAGUACGGUGGGCGCCCAGCGUAUGGCUCGCAGAGAAGAUUUCAGCCUUACCCUAGAGGGAAAACCUCGGAUUUUUUAGGGAAAAGCCGUUUCUCAAAGCCGCCAAGAAAGAAAAAGGACGGCGAAACGAGCCAGCGCCCGUAAAGGUGCCUGAGGUAUGUAACGCAGAUGCGACAUCUUUGUCUAUUGACAUUGUAAAUAGUUUGGUAAAUUCACAACCAAGUUUCCAAGCCGGGAAACUUAAACACUUUUUGCCGCAGUGGCAAACUAUUACAACACACGCAACAUUAUGGUAGACCUAGUGUCUUCAACGCUUAUCAGCAUUCAAUUGUCACAGAGGAAAUUGAUACACUGCUCGAAAAAAGGGUCAUUAUCCCCGCGGCACAGGAAACAGGAGAAUUUGUAUCCACAAUAUUCUUGCGGCCGAAAAAAGAUGGCACGCACCGCACCAUUUUAAACCUCAAAGCCCUUAACGAAUAUAUAGCCUACCAUCAUUUUAAAAUGGAUACACUAGAGGCUGCCGUAAACAUGAUGAGACCAGGUUGUUUUAUGGCUUCGGUAGACUUAAAGGACGCUUAUUAUACCGUCCCUAUCCAUCCAUCUCACCAGAAAUACUUAAAGUUCUAUUUUGAUGGUGUUUUCUACACAUAUACCUGUUUGCCGAAUGGCCUAGCUAGUGCCCCGCGCCUAUUUACAAAAUUAUUGAAGCCCGUGUAUUCCACACUUCGGAGUAUGGGACAUCUCAAUUCAGGGUACAUUGAUGAUUCUUAUCUACAAGGAGACACCUCCAAGGAAUGUUAUAAAAAUGUCGUUGACACCGUCACGCUUUUUACUCAAUUAGGUUUUCAUGUCCAUCCUGAGAAAUCAGUUUUCAUCCCUUCCCAGAAACUGACCUUCUUAGGUUUUGUAUUGGAUUCUAUUGCCAUGACAGUUACGCCCACGGAGGAUAAAGCGCAACGGAUUCGGUCUGUCUGUGCUACGCUUUUACAAACACAAAUGCCCACAAUCAGACAGGUCGCAGAGGUCAUUGGCAUUCUGGUGUCCAAUUUUCCCGGGGCUCAGUACGGACCCCUACACUACCGCCACCUUGAACGGGAUAAAUAUCUCGCGCUCAUAGCUAACAAGGGUGAUUUCGCGGGCAAAAUGCAAAUCUCCCUCCCGCGCUAGCAGAGAUUCAGUGGUGGCACAAUAAUGCUGACACUCUUAAACGAGAUAUUCACCAAGAUCAUCCAAGCGUUUCAAUUCAAUCAGACGCGUCAACACUGGGGUGGGGAGCUGUUUAUGGCACGCAGAAAACGGGGGGAGAUGGACCCCUUUGGAACAGGAAUUUCAUAUAAACAUAUUGGAAUUACUCGCAGCAUUUUUGCGUUAAAGUGUUUUUGCACCCAUAUGGGCAACUGCCACAUCCAAAUUCAAAUCGACAAUACGACAGCAUUGGCUUACAUAAACAACAUGGGGGGUUCAAAAUCACAACAACUUAAUGAACUAGCUGUUGAAAUUUGGGAAUGGUGUACUGCACGCAACAUUUGGCUCUCGGCUGUGCACAUAGCUGGUCGGCUGAACACUGGCGCUGAUGAACAAUCACGCGUGUUCUCAGAUAAUCACGAGUGGAUGUUAGACAAACACUCGUUUGACAAGAUCAUGUUGCGCCACCCCGGACUCGAUUUCGAUUUGUUUGCAAGCCGUCUAAACAAUCAGAUAAAUAGUUACUGCUCGUGGCAUGCAGACCCUAGUAGUUCACAUAUAGAUGCGUUCACUAUGAAUUGGAAAGGGCAUCAAUUUUAUGCUUUUCCACCUUUUAGCCUUCUUCCAAGAUGCCUUCAGAAGAUCAGUCACGACCGAGCACAGGGAGUUCUGAUUGCCCUCUCUGGCCAACCCAAACGUGGUUCCCAGUCCUCCUACAGCACCUAUGCGAUCAGCCCUGGAUUCUGCUCUCACGCCCAGACCUUCUACAACACCCGUCACGCAGCGGCCCACAUCCUCUACACAAAAAUCUUCAUCUGAUGGUCUGUCCUGUGUCAGGGGAUCCUUCAGCCGUUACCACCUUCCAGAGGAGGUUACCGACAUUCUCAUGGCAUCUUGGAGAAAAGGCACUCAAAAACAGUAUGCCACAUACAUUAAAAAUGGAUGGCAUUUUGUCGUGAAAGGAAAAUUGAUUGUUAUGCACCACCACUGAGCGACACCCUCAAUUUCUCACUGACCUAUUUAAUCAAGGACUUAGCUACUCCACUAUUAAUACAGCUCGCUCUGCCUUAUCUACCAUUGUCAUGAUAGACGGGGAGAAAAGUUUUGGCAGCAAUCAUGUUGUUACACGUUUUAUGAAAGGGGUAUUUGAAACCCGCAAACCUAAACCUAAAUACGACAAAAUUUGGGAUGUUUCGGUGGUUCUGAAACAUUUAUCUUCCCUAUACCCCAAUGAAACAUUGCCUUUAAAGGAUUUGACAUACAAGGCCCUUAUGCUUAUUCUAUUAGUUUCCAGUCAACGGGGACAAUCGAUACACUUGCUAGAUCUUCAGCAUGUUACCAUGGAAGAAGAUAAUUAUUCCUUUGACCUCGCUGAGCAUAUCAAGACUAGUACUCCCAGGAGCCCACACACGAAGAUUGACAUUUCCGUUUAUGAGCCAGACAGUACAAUU